AUGGCACGCUUGUUUGAUUUUCCCGAUGAACUUUUAUGUAAAAUACUGGAAUAUCUAAGUUCAUACGAUGCACUCUAUUCAUUUUUUAAUCUUAAUAUUCGUUUUAAUCGAUUAUUAAUGCCGUUUAAACAUCAAAUUGACUUAACCUAUUUAUCAUAUGGACAAUUUAUGAAUUUUAUCAAGAUUAUUUUACCCACGAUAAAUAAAGAUGAACCAUUAUAUUCUUUGAAAUUAGGAAAUGUAAGAACUCCUGGUCAGAUUGACUUAUUUAACACAUUAAUAUACGAUCAAACUUAUCGUGAUUAUUUUGAUAAUAUUAAUAAAAUUAUUAUUGAAUGUCCACGUUUGAAUGAAUUAAUCAUUUUUGUUGAAAAUUUUCUUUUAUCUCUAUCAAACUUGGCAUCACUUUCGAUUAAAAUUGAUCAUAUACGUGAUGAAGAUUUUCAUAAAUGGACACAAUUAAUUGUUAAUUCUGUUCUUUCAAUUUCAAAUUUAGUCAAACUUGAAAUUGAAAUGCCUACUGGGCUUGUUCUUUCACGCGUGUGUAAUACAACUAUGUUUAAUUCAUUAGUUGAUCUAUCAUUAAGUCUUACACUUGUUACUGAUUUACUUAUUCUGAUACAACAUACUCCAAAUUUAGAAAAACUCUCAAUACGUAUUGGUUGGUGGACAAGUGGAGAUCGUACUCUAUUAAAAAUGCUUGAUGAAAUGCGUUUAAAUACUGAUCGGAUCUCAUUUUUAAUUCAUCUAAAAAAAUUUCAUUUAACUAUUGAUUCAAUAUUAACAUUUCAAUUUGAACAUCUCGAACAAGUUUUAUAUAGAAUCUUGAAUAAUGAGAUAACCGAUAGCUUCAGUUUUAUAAUACAAAAUUGUUUAAAUCACAAUAGUGAAUUGACACAAUUAAUAGAUGGUCAACGAUGGGAAAGUUUACUAUCAGCCUAUUCAUCAUUGAAUCAAUUCAAUUUAUUUAUUCGAAUUACGGGAUGUCUUCAAGCCAACGAAGAAAUAUAUAAUAUAAAUUCAUUUAAAUCUAAGUAUUUUCUUAAAAAGCAAUGGUCUUUUUCUUAUUUUAAAUAUGCACCAAAAGAAAAUAUUAUAUUUUAUUCGAUUCCAUAUAAAAGUAAAGAAUUAUUUGAUAUAUCAAUCAAUAAUCAUGAAAUAUUUAAUAGUUUUCCAAUUAAUUACGCAUCAAACCUAUUAAUUGAUCAAACAAAGAAUGAAAACUAUCGAUUUAAUGAGUCAACAUUUGAUAUCAUAUUGAAAAAGUUUCCUUCUCUUCAAGAGCUACGAUUGAUUCAUUUUAAGAGUGAUCUGUCCAUAAUCAAUCCGAUCAGUAUUCCAUUGUUACAUACAUUGAAAGUUGAAAAAGAACAAAAUGUAAAUCUAUCUAAACUACUGGAAUUACUACCUUUGACAAACACUUUAUUUAUAUCUUUUUUAAGUAUUUAUGAUCGAAAUAAACCGCUCGAUAUUUGUCAGUAUAAUCGAAUAAGAGAAUUGUCUUUAAUUGACGUUCCUGCAAAUGAUAUGAAUCCAUUUCUGUUAUUUUUAAAUCAAUUUCCGAAUCUACAUAUUCUUCAUAUUCAUAUAUAUAAUCAACGUAUGCCCGAUGAAUGUUUAUUAUCAAUUUUGAAUAAAAUUACUAGAACAUUCCCUUCAAUUAUUUAUUUGAAAUUACAACUAGAACGGGACAUUGAUUUAUCUAUUGAUUGGAAGCAACAAUGCAAUGGUCUAGUGAAAAUGUACUUAAAAAGUAUCAUCUUCGUUGGAAUACUUGUACAUUUAUGGUUUUGA